CGUUUUUCCGGCCAAUAGGAACGUAGGUACCCUAGCGGGAGGUUGGUGUCGCGCUGCUGGGGUGAUCUGGCGCAGAGCUUAGGUAGCGUUUGGCGCUUGCUCCUGCUCCGCCUCUCUGCUUGCAAUCACCGGGACGUCUGCCCAGCUCUUUUGGUCGCCGACACAAUGUGGAUGACACCUAAAAGGAGCAAAAUGGAUUUCGAGGAAACUCGGGGAUUCCGGCCCGAAUGGACCCAACGCUAUUUGGUGGUGGAGCCUCCGGAGGGCGAAGGGGCCCUGUGCCUGGUCUGUGCCCACCUCGUCGUAUCCACCUGUGAACGCGACGUCAGGCGCCACUACGAGGCCGAGCACCAGUACUACCAGAGGUAUGUGGAGGAGGGCGAGCGCGCGGCCCUGGUGGAGCGCCUGCGGCAGGGGGACUUGCCAGAGAUCAUCCCGCCCACUCCUGAGGAGAGAGCUGCUCGAGCAGGCCUCGGGAUCGCCCGCCUCUUGGCCUUGAAGGGUCGCGGCUGGAGUGAAGGGGACUUUGUGUACCAGUUAAUGGAGGUGGUGCUGAAAGAUGUCCUGCCGGAUCACGUCGGCGUUUUGGGUGGCAUUGAUUUAUCUCCAGACACCAUCCGGCAGAGGGUCCUGAGCAUUAACGAGAACCUACGCAGUCAGCUUUUUAACCGAGCCAAGGACUUUAAAGCCUACUCCCUUGCGUUGGACGACCAGGCUUUUGUGGCCUAUGAGAACUACCUCCUGGUCUUUGUCCGCGGUGUGGACCAGGACUUGGAGGUGCAAGAAGAGCUUCUGACCAUUAUCAACCUGACUCAUCACUUCAGUGUUGGCGCGCUCAUGGCAGCGAUCCUUGAGGCCCUGCAGACAGCAGGGCUUAGUUUGCAGCGAAUGGUUGGACUAACCACAACCCACACUCUGAGGAUGAUUGGUGAGAACUCAGGACUGGUGUCGUACAUGAGAGAAAAGGCUGUAAGCCCCAACUGUUGGAAUGUCAUCCAUUAUUCAGGAUUCCUUCACUUGGAACUGUUGAGUUCCUACGAUGUAGACGUGAGUCAGGUCAUAAGUACCGUAUCUGAGUGGAUACUUUUGAUUAAAACCAGAGGCAUUAGGCGACCCGAAUUUCAGGCUUUACUAACUUCAUCUGAAUCAGAGCAUGGCGAAAGGGUUAAUGGACGAUGUCUGAACAAUUGGCUUAGAAGAGGGAAAACUUUAAAACUACUCUUUUCAUUAAGGAAAGAGAUAGAAGCGUUCUUGGCUUCCGUAGGGGCCACAACAGUCCACUUCUCAGACCAACAGUGGCUUUGCGACUUUGGCUUCUUGGUGGAUAUUAUGGACCACCUUCGAGAACUCAGUGAACUAUUGCGAUUCAAUAGAGUCUUUGCUGCCACUGCCUUUGAUCAUAUUUGUAACUUUGAAGUUAAGCUGAAUUUACUUCAGAGACAUAUUGAGGAAAAAAAUCUAACACAUUUUGCUGCCUUGAGAGAAGUUGUCGAUGAGCUUAAACAGCAUGUUAAAGAUGAUGAGAAAAUACUUGAUCCAAAUCGGUAUAAAGUGGUGAUCAGUCGCCUUCAGAAAGACUUUGAUAGACAUUUCAAGGACCUCAAGUUCAUUAAAAAGGACUUAGAACUGUUUGCAAAUCCAUUUAACUUUAAACCUGAAUAUGCACCUAUUUCGGUAAGGGUGGAGCUAACAAAACUUCAGGCAAGUUCUGAACUUUGGGAGGAAUAUAGAAACAAAGACUUGGGACAGUUCUAUGCUGGAUUGUCUGCUGAAUCUUACCCAAUUAUCAAAGGGGUUGCGUGUAAGGUGGCAUCUUUGUUUGAUAGUAGCGAAAUCUGUGAAAAGGCUUUUUCAUAUUUGAUUAGAAACCAGCACACUUUGAGCCAGCCAUUGACAGAUGAGCAUCUCCACGCCCUGUUUAGGAUCGCCACGACUGAAAUAGAGCCACAUUGGGAUGCCCUUGUGAGAGCAAGAAAUGACCCUAAUCCAUAAGCCUUUGUAGUACAACAUGGAAACAUUCAACCAGAAUCUAGUUCUAAAAACCAAAUUUUGAUUUCUCAAAUUUUACUAAUUUGGAUCGUGAGAACACCAAGUUUAUUCAUUCAAAUUGAUCACAAUUCAGGUUCUUCUGACAGAUUUUUUUUUUUUUUUCCAUCUCAAGAGUCAGCAUGGGACUGAAACAUGCAAACACCUCUUUUGAAACUUAAUGGCAAAGUCAUUGUCUUUUGCUUUUAUGAUGUAAUUGUUUUUAAAGAAGUUUAGUACUGAUGAUGUGAGUUGAAUUAGAAGUCUUUUUAAGGUGUUUUGAAGAAAUUUUAGCUCUUAUUUUAAUGAAAUGUUGAAAUUCUGAUGCGUAUAGUCAGAUUAUCGGCUCCUUAAAUGUAUGUUUGAGCCAAUUUGCAGAAACUCAUAUAGCAAAUUCCAGAAAUUUGAAAAGGAAGAAUGUACGUUCAGUGGAGGUACUUUAUCAAAAUGUUUGAAACUUUUUAAAAAUAUGUGUCUGAGGUAAAUAUUGACAGGUUACCUCCCUCUUGCCUCCUCUCUGUCCACCCCAGUGAUGAUAAUAUUACUAAUAGAGGAUAUAAUCAAAUAAAAUUUUAGGAGCGAGAAUCCUUUUUAAGUUGCUGGUUAGAAGGCUUCCUGCAAUUUGGAGAUAAGACUAACCAAUUAUUGGAGGUUUCCCCUGAAUGAUUCACAAUUGGUUGCUGUUUUAGCAGCUCGCCUAUUAAAGGACUAUGUCUAGCAAAUUCAAGGAACCAGGAUGCAACCAAGAAUUUAGAAGGAACUGAUGCCUGAGCAAUCAAAAUAGUGCCAUAAGAACCCAAGAACCAAAAUUGUGUCAUUGGUUCUCAACCAGAGGCAAGUAAACCCUCUUUCCAGAGGAUGUUGGGACAUGCAGGGGACGUUUUUGGUUGUCACAUUUAGUUGGGGGGGAGUGGGGGUUCUCCUGGCAUGCAGGCCAUAGGAUAACCUGGCACACGAAGAAUCGUGCUUCUCAAAGUGCCAGUAGACCCUCCCAUUGUAGAUUAUUUUAUUUUGAGGGACUGGGAAAAUUACCGGUAGAAGCAAAAUUAGAAGGCCAAGCUGGGCAGGCUGACAAUACUUGAUAGGGAACACCAAUUCCAACAUUCCGAGUUUGGCUGGUAAGGUUCAGUAAAGUCCUUGAUAUGUUCUGGUAGCUUACAAUAGUAUUUGUAAAUCCAUAAUUGAUCUUGAACCAGAAGAAGGACUUGAUUCUAUUACAUACAAUUCACUGAGAGCAGAAGAGCAAGAGUUAUGACAAGAUACCAAGAAUGGUCAAGUUGAGAUUUUAGUUAACGGA